AAUCUUAAAGCAACAAAUUGUGCGGUCCGAGAAAAUAUUAAUUGCAAAUAACUGCGAAAUAUGCUGAUAAAAGUGGAAAUUUGUGCGUUGCACAGUACACGCAUACAAUAACAGCGUGUGCGGAGUAUUAAUCAAGAAGCAGCAGUGCGAAAAUACAACAAAAAAAGUUAAAGCAAAUCAAAUCAAAUUGAAUGUGAAGCAUUUUUCUAUAAAUAGUGAACAAAAUCUAAAUUCUCUGUGCUGCGGGCCAGUUCUCAAUUGAUACGCUAACCAAUACCAAUACAAACACACAGACACGCGCACACAUAAAGCAACAAUUGCAAUAAAAAGCAACAAAAACAACGGCAACUGCAGGCGUCAGCCGCCAGCGUCGCCAAACAACAAUAACAACAACAACAACGACGAGGGAAUAUUUAACACACAAAAACACAAAAAAAAACGUAAAUAAACAAAAACAAAAUGUCAAAUCUGGACGUACGCAACAAUUCGGCAAUGAUGAAGCGGGCCGAGCAGCUUAAGCGCUGGGAGGAAUCGGACACAAAUCGUGCCGCACCCGUGCCACGCAAUGAGCCCGGCCGACGCAUCAAAUUUAGCUCCGGCUGCGUCUUUCUUGCCGCCUGCCUCUCCGGUGAUAAGGAGGAGGUAAUACAGCUGAUUGACCAGGGUGCGGAUAUAAACACCGCCAACGUGGACGGACUAACGGCAUUGCAUCAGGCAUGCAUUGAUGACAAUCUGGAUAUGGUGGAGUUUCUGGUGGAGCAUGGUGCCGAUAUUAAUAGACAGGACAAUGAAGGCUGGACGCCGUUGCAUGCCACAGCGUCCUGCGGCUUUGUAAGCAUAGCGCGCUACUUGGUGGAGAACCACGCCGAUGUGGCUGCUGUGAAUAGCGACGGCGAUCUGGCGCUUGAUCUGGCUAUUGAUGUGCAGCACAUGCCCAUGAUUGACUAUAUGGAAAAGGUGGUGCAGGAGCUGAGCAUUGAUGUGGAGGCGGCGCGCAAGGCUGAGGAGAUGGCGAUGCUGAAUGAUGCCAAGAAAUGGCUGCGCAGCGAUGCCGCCGAGAUGGACAAACCGCAUCCGAAGACAGGUGCAACAGCGCUGCAUGUGGCUGCGGCCAAGGGUUAUAAGAAGGUGUUGAGUCUGUUGCUCGCUGGACGUGGCAAUGUGGAUAGGCAGGAUAACGAUGGCUGGACGCCGUUGCAUGCGGCCUCGCAUUGGGGCCAAAAGGAGACGGCCGAAAUGCUGGUGGAAUCGCUAGCCGACAUGGAUAUACGCAAUUAUGCGGGACAGUCCUGCAUCGAUGUGGCCGAUCGCAAAAUGGUCAAAUUCCUGGAAGAACUGCGCGCCAACAACAAGCGCAACAAACGGCGUCCCUCUAGUCAAAUCAGCAGAAUCUCAGAUGCGAUUGAAAAUCAUGUGGAGAAGACACCAACGAAACUGGUGCGCGUCGAAGUGAGAAAUGAUGCAGUCCAGGAUGUCGAAAAUAUUAGGGCCAAUAAACAAAUACACGAACAUGCUGUGGAGGAGGAGGCGCCUUGGCGACGCAAAACGCCGCGCACACCCAACGACAGUCCCACUAAAAAUCAAGUUCCUGACAAAGAGCUGAACAGCAAGAGUGCCAAUGAGAGCGCCAAUGAUGUUAUCUUGAGACGCACGCAAAGCUUUGAGAAUGAUCAAAAAUUCUAUCAAAAGUACAAUGAGCUGCGCGCACGCAUAAAGGCCAACUCAUGCCCCAUAUUGCCAGCAAGUGCCGCAAAUGCGCUGCCCAAUAACAACAAUAACCAAAGUAGCAAUAAUAACAACAACACCAACAAUAAUAAUAGCAAUAAUAAUAACAACAAUAAUAAUAAUAAUAAAAGCGUGCUGCUGUUGGGCAACAAAGCGUCGUCAGCGACCACAAGCAGCAACAACACUUCAACAACAACAUACCACACACACACCAACAACACCAUUACAACAACACCUAGCACACCAGCAACAACAACAUCAGCAGCAGCUACAAGUCAAUUAUAUAGCGUACAAAGAUCGGCUUCCCUCAAAGAUAACUCUGUAUAUUUCAGAAAACCGAUUGCUCCAGCUGCGAUGCCAACAGCAACGACAACAAAUACGACUACAACAAUUAGUUCGCCUUCAACAACAGUGCUCACCCCACCAAUACGAAGCAACAACAACAACAGCAAUAUUAAUAACAAUAAUAAUGGCAGCAGCUCAACGGCAACAAGUGCCAGUGCCAGCGAUGUGGAGACACCCAAGCCCAAGCAAACGACAAGCAAUAUAUUCAAAAACUUUUUCAAAUCCUUUGUGCCGCCUGUGCGUGAUGAGGAGAGCGAAACGCAGCGUAAGGCGCAUGCGAAGCGCGUGCGUGAGACGCGUCGUUCCACUCAAGGCGUUACGCUGGACGAGAUCAAGAGCGCUGAGGAGCUGGUCAAGAAGAAGAAUCUGGGCAUGAGCAACAACAAUAACAAUAAUAAUAACAACAACAGCAGCAGCAAUGAAACAAGCAACACAACAGCAACAACAACAAGCACAACAACUGCUGCUGCCAACAACUUGGAAGCAACAGAAGCGCUGCCACCACCGCCACCCACUACGCCACCACCAGCGCUCAAUGCAGUCGUCGACGAUGAUGAGGAAACGCAAAUAAUAGAGCUCAAAAGCGAUAAUGAUACCAGCGCUAGUUUUACGCUUACAACACGACGCACGCUGGACUUUGAAAGCGAAGCUGCUGCUGCUGAUGCUGCAUGCAAUGAUAUAGACGCUAGUGCUAGCUAUACGAUAGUCUCCAGACGCGAGAAGCCGAGCGAAGAUAAAAAGACUGAGCCAGUUGCCAAGCAGACAAGCCAAGAGAUUGAAACAACACAGCAGAGCAGGCCCAAAGAUUUACCUCUAAUAGAAAGCAAAGCAGCAGCGCUAGCAACUCCAGCUACUACACCUGGCACUCUGGAUAGUCCAGUGCGUUUGCGUGAUAAGCGCAGCUUGAGCAGCAAUGCGGCCGCUGAGUGCGAUGCCAAGUCAGACACCGCAUCGCCUGUAAGCACAGUGGGUGACUUUAAUGCACGCGAUUCCUUGCUUAGUCUCUAUGCGCGUCGUACUAUGGAUACAGCUACAGCUACAGCGACUGCAGCUGCUGCUGCUGGUGGUGCUAGCUCAACUGCGGUGCUUGCUGGUGGUGCUGCAGCAGCAGCGGCGUCGACGUCAAGCACAUCGGCAGCUGAGCGGCGUCCCUCUUGGCGACUCAAAAUCGAUGCAGGCUCAAAGUUUAAGCUGGAGGAUAUUACCAGUGGUGGCAGCUAUCCGCCAAAUCAGAGCACUAUAAUACCCAGCGCACCAGCUGUGAUGGCAGCAGCCAAUCUGUCCAAUACUCCAGGUGUGCCCAGACGCAUUAGCACUGGACCCAAUGCGCUUAAUGCCUCCAAUCAGUCGCUCAACUCCUUGGGUCGUCCUGUGUCAGCGCCCAGUGAAAGUUUAAACAACAGCGCCUAUGUCACGCCCCCAGCGCGUAAAUACGAUACGAGCAGCAGCAAUAGCCAAGCGACAAGCACAGCGACUGCCACAACUGCUGCAACUACAACUGCCUCCAGUGCCAAUCAUGCAACAGCGUCUAGCGCUGCCACUAACAAUCAGGACGAUAAGGAUAACGACAAGGAGAACGAUAAUCGCACACAGACUGUUAUACAGCGACGUCGCAAGCCCAAGCGCCGCUCAACUGGCGUCGUGCAUCUCGAUAUGGAUGAGCUCGAUCCGGAACGUCAGAAUGAAUCGUCCAACAAUGAUAAUGAGGAUAAAGAUAAAGAGAGCGGCAGUGAGCGCACAUCACGUUCGCGCACUGGGAGCACCGCAACCACAAGCGAUGCCAAAACUACGAGCAGCAGCAGCAGCAGCAAGACGGAGAAUGGCGAUGGCAUUGACUACAAGGCGCUCUGGGAAGCGGCCAAAAUGGAAAACGAUAAGCUCAAGCAGAUGCUCAAGCAAAAGGAUGACGAAGUUGUGCAGACGCGUGCAACGCUCGAGCGUUUUGCCAAUGCCACAUCAAAAAAUUCACUCUCUGAGAUUGAGAAACGUGAAAGAAGAGCUAUGGAACGCAAACUUUCCGAAUUGGAAGAAGAGCUCAAGCUGUUGCAGAAGCUAAAGACUGAGAAUGAUCGAUUGCGUGCCGAGAAUCGAGCCCUCACAAGAGUUGUCUCUAAAUUAACCACAUCGGCCCAGAGUCAACUGGCCAAAAGCAAAUAGGCGAUGAAUCGAGAGUACAGAACGCAUAAACAAUACAUACAAUACCAUAUAUACUAUAUUCAAUUCAAUUCAAUUCAAUUUAUUUAGCGCUCAACACAGUCACCACCAAAUCAAACAAAAAAUACUCUACUAUACUAUACUAUAUAUCGUUAUCGUUUCUAUAUAUACACUACACGCAUAGAACAUCUGAAACAAGCAUACGUAACAUAGAUAAAUCUAUAUCCAUUAUAUGCUACUAUAUAUUAUAUACAAUAAUCGUCUAAUUAGUCUAACUUAAUGCAGAUCAAAUUGUUUAAUUAAUUACAAAAGGAUGUAACAAUAAUUACAUAAUUACUAUAAAUUAGCUAAAUUAAGUGCAAUAGUUAUUUUUUCAAAAUUUCUAAAAAGCAAACACAACUGUACUCGCAAGCAUAUGCACAACUGUACUUAAUUCGUAGCUUAAAUCAAAUUUAUUAACUUUCAUAUGCAAUGUAGCUCAAAUAUUUUUCAAAAUUUAUACGCAAACUUAGUCAAUGAAAAAUACUCAAUAUAUAUUAUACACGCAUCAAAAUCAAAAUCUGCGAAUUUUUGAGGAUUAACCAAAAGCAGCAGCAGCGGAUUCAGCAACAGGCAGCAGGCAAAUGCACCAAAAGUUUUACAACAACAACAGCACCAACUACAGUUUUUUAAUGCCACCCACAAAAAACAAAACAAAAAAAGUUAACUUCACAUGCAACGAGCUUUACGCAACUUGAUGUCUACAAGUCGGAUAAUCAUCGCCUGAAGGAGGAGAACGCUGCGUUGAUUAGAGUUAUAAGUAAAUUAAGUAAAUGAA